AUGGCAUCGUCUACGUGGAGCGGUGAUGGCUCAUACGCUGCUGGGAGUAAGCGCAAGAAGGCGUAUGAGUGGUUGAAGGCAGCAAAUGAGCUGGGGCAGACUUACACGUCACGAUGGACGGGGCAAGGGAAUGGUUCCAACGAAGACUACUCUCAUACACCAGGCGCAUUUCCGGAUGUCGAGAUUGCGCGGUCUGGUGAUGAGGAGAUGGUACUGUUUCCUAGCUAUGCGAGGAAAUUGACGCCGAAGAAAAAGGAUGCUGGCUUGCGCCCGCGUCGAGAUUCCUUCACGCAGACUAUUGAUGAAUAUCGGGGUGUGGCCGAGGAGGAUAACUUUGGGUCUCGCUGGGACGAACCUGAGGCUGAGAAUGCGGUCGUCGAUGUUGACGUUCGUGGAUGGAUCUAUGCGCCAAAUCGAGGACCGAUGAACCGCAAGCAUCGACUGAUGAUCAAGCUGGCUAGGACAUUGAGUGGGAUUCCGACCCCGUCUGGAGCUGCCAAUGACGAGGGUCCUGAUAGAAUGUCCGGCAAAGGCGAGGACGAAGACGUGAACAGGCAAGUGCAGAAUCUGGUCGGUACAGCAGAGCAGGAUGCCGAUCAGGGCUGGAAAACUUCUAAUUCCAGUCGCAACCGGGUAGAGUCAGGCCAGCCUGCAGCGAUGACUAAAGACCAGAUCUCCAUGGCCAAUGCGCAUCUCAUGGAACGCUUGCGUCCGUUCUUGACGAACCCAAUGGCUGGUAUGCCUGUGACCGUGUUCCUUUUCAACGAUGAACAGAGCGAAUCCCGGAACAUGAUGACAGACGAGUCCGGUCAUUUCAAAAUUCGUGCUAUAAUGACAUUUGUGCCAACUCAUAUCCGAGUGCUUGCGUCUGAAGAUCUGUCUGCUGCCAAGCCAAUUGAGAUAAUCGAGCCUGUCGGUAUCAGCCUGAUCAGUGACAUUGACGACACGGUCAAACACUCAGCCAUUGCCAGUGGAGCGAAGGAGAUGUUUCGAAACACCUUUGUUCGAGAGUUAGCCGAGCUGAAAGUCAGUGGAGUUGACCAGUGGUAUACACAAGUAGCCCAGAAAGGCGUGCAAAUACACUACGUCUCCAACGCACCAUGGCAACUUUAUCCUCUGUUGGAGAGAUAUUUCAAGCUGGCGGGCCUGCCACCAGGGUCUUUCCAUCUCAAGCAGUACUCAGGCAUGCUGCAAGGAAUAUUCGAGCCUACAGCCGAGAGAAAGAGGGGAAAUCUAGAACAGAUCCUCCGCGACUUUCCUGAGCGCAAGUUCAUUUUGGUUGGUGACAGUGGAGAGGCUGAUCUGGAAGUCUAUACCGAUAUUGCCCUAGCAAACCCAGGUCGGAUUCUAGGAAUUUUCAUUCGGGAUGUCACAACACCGGAGAAGAAGCCCUUCUUUGAGAAGUCAGUUGGUUACCUCGAUGGGCUUGAUGCUCGCAGCCGCAGUACACCGCAGCUUGUGGAAACCUCGCAUUCUCUUCCAAGCAGGCCUGCCCUGCCGCCUCGCCGACCCGUGCCAACGCCGCCAGAGAAAGAUGUGAAAAGUAUUCCCGUCGGAGAUUUGAUUGAUCUAGAUGACGAUGUAAUGGAGACCGCAAAACCGAACCCACUAGUGAAAUCACGCUUACCUCCAACCAAGCCGAGCAAGCCAUCUUCGCUGCGGACUGAUACGUUGAAUAAUGCCCGACAGCCCUCGCAGGAGCCAAUUCGUCGCAAAGCCGUGCCUCCCCUGCCACCUCGGGCGGCAUCGACAGCUAAAACCGACUUACUGGUCGAUCUUGAUCCGUCUCCAUCCAUCUCUCGUGUCCAGACCGAACCACUACUGGAAGACAAGAGUCAGACAUCGGCACAGUCAUCCCGUUCUAAAGUACCCCCACCUCCCCCACCACCCCGACGCACAAACACUACUUCAUCCGCUACCAGCUCUGCAUCCAGCACGCCCACACCGCGGCCUGCACCUGCAGUACCGGCAAACAAGCCCUCAUACCCAACAUCUGCCGCUCAAGCUGCACUGUCAUACGCCACUGAACGACUUAACCUAUCUUCUUCACCAUCGGCCGGAUUAAGGCAAUCACCAUCCAAUCAAUCGCUUCCCCGACAAUCGCCCAAUGGGUAUAACAGCUAUAGCGCCAGUGACUCUAGCAUACCUCCCGCACCCCUGCCCAAUAAGCGUGAGGAAUUAUGGCGUCGGCGCUGGGAACGUGCCAGUAAUAUUCUGGAGACUCAUGGCGUUGUGCUAGGCAGUUGGCGCGUUGGCAGUGAUGCGCAGCCAGUUUGUAUGUGGUUGAUUGAGGACGCUCUGAAGGAGAUCAAGACCAACGGUGCUGGAAACCGGCCAUAG